AACGCGGCCAAUCGUGAACCAGAGUGCCGUGAGUGUGACCGAAGCGAGUGGUGCACCGAAGCCGACCCGGGCACAGUCUUUUCGCCUCUCCUUUUCCCCCUCCCGGGCUGGUUCUUUCAGAUCUUGACUACAAUGGCGGAGCAGCAGCAGUUCUACAUCUUGCUGGGCAAUCUGAUGAGCCCGGACAACAACAUCAGGAAACAAUCGGAGGAGACGUAUGAUUCGAUUCCUGGAGGAAACAAGAUCACAUUUUUGUUGCAGGCCAUUCGAGAUGUGUCAGUCGCAGAAGAGGUUAGACAGAUGGCAGCAGUGUUGUUGCGGAGGCUGCUGUCGUCUGCGUUCGAGGAGGUGUUCCCGGGGCUCACGGUGGAGAUGCAGAUGGCCAUAAAAACAGAGCUUCUCACAGCGAUCUCCCACGAAACAUCUCCAAACAUCCGCAAGAAAGUGUGUGACAUCGCCGCAGAGCUGUCCAGGAACCUGAUCGACGACGAUGGGAACAACCAGUGGCCCGAGGUGCUCAAGUUUUUGUUUGAUUCAGUGAAUUCUGACAACGUCGGUUUGAGAGAAGCCGCUCUACACAUAUUCUGGAAUUUCCCUGGAAUAUUCGGUAACCAACAGCAACACUAUUUAGACGUUAUUAAAAGAAUGUUGGUUCAGUGCAUGCAAGACCAAGCCAACCCACAGAUCCAAAUGCUGGCGUCUCGAGCUGCAGCCUCUUUUGUUUUGGCCAAUGAAGGAAAUGCAGUGCUCCUCAAACACUUCUCAGACCUGCUUCCAGGAAUAUUACAAUCAGUAAACGACUCGUGUUACCAGGGCGACGACUCGGUGCUGAAGUCUCUGGUUGAAAUCGCAGACACGGCUCCUAAAUAUCUGAGACCGAAUCUAGAGGCCACGCUACAGCUCUGUCUCAGGCUGUGCGCAGACACAAACUUGUCGAACAUGCAGAGGCAGCUCUCUCUGGAGGUCAUUGUCACGUUAUCAGAGACAGCGGCGGCAAUGUUGAGGAAGCACCAGGCUCUAGUGGCUCAGAGCGUUCCCCAGAUGUUGGCCAUGAUGGUGGAUUUGGAAGAGGACGACGAGUGGGCUCAGGCGGACGAGCUCGAAGAUGACGACUUUGACAGUAACGCUGUAGCUGGGGAGAGCGCCCUGGACAGAAUCGCCUGUGGACUCGGAGGAAAAAUCAUUUUACCAAUAAUCAAACAACACAUCAUGCAGAUGCUCCAGAACCCGGACUGGAAGUACCGGCACGCCGGGCUCAUGGCUCUGUCUGCGAUCGGAGAAGGAUGCCACCAACAGAUGGAGACUAUUCUGAACGAGAUCGUGUGUGUGGUGCUCAGAUUUUGCGCAGACCCACAUCCUCGGGUUCGGUAUGCCGCCUGUAAUGCAAUUGGACAAAUGGCCACAGACUUCGCUCCCACCUUCCAGAAAAAAUUCCAUGACAAGGUGAUUGUGGCUCUGCUGGAGACCAUGAAGGACCAGGGGCACCCGAGGGUGCAGGCUCACGCUGCAGCGGCGCUCAUAAACUUCACUGAGGACUGCCCCAAGUCUCUGCUGGUGCCGUACCUCGACAGCCUGGUACAGCACCUCUGUGCCAUCAUGCAGGCCAAACUACAGGAGUUGAUCCAGAAGGGCACUAAGCUGGUUCUGGAGCAGGUGGUGACAUCGAUCGCGUCUGUGGCUGAUACUGCGGAGGAGAAGUUUGUGCCGUACUAUGACCUCUUCAUGCCCUCGCUCAAAAACAUUGUCGAAAGUGCUGUUCAGAAAGAGCUGCGACUGCUUCGAGGGAAAACCAUCGAGUGCAUCAGCCUCAUCGGUCUCGCUGUGGGAAAAGAGAAGUUCAUGUUGGAUGCUGCAGCAGUGAUGCAGCUGCUCCUGAAAACACAGACAGACUUCAGUGACCUGGAAGACGAUGACCCACAGACCUCAUACAUGAUCUCGGCUUGGGCGCGCAUGUGCAAGAUCCUGGGUAAAGAGUUCCAGCAGUACCUCCCUGUUGUGAUGGGGCCGCUCAUGAGAACUGCCUCAAUCAAACCAGAGGUGGCGCUACUUGACACUCAGGACAUGGAGAGCAUCUCUGAGGAUGAUGGAUGGGAGUUUGUGAAUCUGGGAGAUCAGCAGAGCUUUGGGAUAAAGACGGCUGGACUGGAGGAGAAGGCUACGGCCUGUCAGAUGUUGGUGUGCUAUGCCAAAGAGCUGAAAGAGGGAUUUGUGGAGUACGCAGAAGAUGUGGCCAAACUCAUGGUUCCUCUGCUCAAAUUCUAUUUCCAUGAUGGUGUUCGAGUAGCUGCUGCGGAGUCAAUGCCUCUCUUGUUGGAGUGUGCUCAGGUGGGCGGGCCUCAGUAUCUUUCCGGCAUGUGGAAGUUUAUGAGCGACCCUCUGAUCAAAUCCAUCGGGACAGAGCCAGAUUCAGACGUGCUCUCAGAGAUCAUGCAUUCAUUUGCAAAGUGCAUCGAGCUGAUGGGAGACGGCUGUUUGGAGCCGGCACAGUUUGAGGAGCUCGGAGGAAUACUGAAGGGGAAGCUAGAGGAGCAUUUCAAAAACCAGAGACUCAGACAAGACAAAAGAGAAGAUGAAGAUUAUGACGAACAAGUGGAAGAGACGCUACAAGAUGAGGACGAGAAUGACGUGUACAUUUUGACUAAAGUAUCAGACAUCCUUCACUCCAUCUUCAGCUCCCAUAAAGAAAAUGUGCUUAUCUGGUUUGAACAGCUGCUGCCCCUCAUCAUAGAGCUACUGAGAGCAGAGCGGCCGUGGGCAGACAGACAGUGGGGUUUGUGUAUCUUUGAUGAUGUAGUUGAACACUGCAGUCCCUCGUCCUUUAAAUACGCAGACUACUUCCUGGGUCCCAUGCUCCAGUCUCUGAUCGACCCGGUGCCUGAGGUGCGGCAGGCGGCUGCAUACGGAGUCGGGGUCAUGGCUCAGUAUGGAGGAGCAAACUACUGCAAGUUCUGCAAAGAGGCGAUGCCGCGGCUGGUGGGCGUGAUCCAGGCCCCAGACUCACGCUCCAAAGAAAAUGUGAACGCCACAGAAAACUGCAUCUCCGCUGUCGGAAAAGUUGUGCGCUUCCAACCAGAGUGGGUCAAUGUCAAUGAGGUGCUCCCCCAUUGGCUGAGCUGGCUGCCACUCAAAGAGGACAAGGAGGAGGCGGUGCAUACUUUUGACUUCCUGUGUGACCUCAUCGAAAAUAACAAUCCCAUAAUCCUGGGCCCAGACAAUGCAAACCUUCCUAAAAUCUUCCUGAUCAUUGCGGACGGAGUCGCCAGUGAAUCCAUCAAAUGUGAAGACGCCUGCAGCAAAAGACUGGCCAACGUCAUUCGACAAGUUCAGGUUUCUGCCGGUUUAUGGACACAGUGCGUUUCCACAUUGAAUGAGACACAGCAGAAAGCCAUUCAGGAUCUGCUCAACACAGCCUGAUCCUAGUCUCCUACUUCCCAUCUUCUCGCCUCCUAGCGCUAACUCGAGACCGAAAACUCUCCCUCCUCUGCUGCUCCGGGACUACGCCACACCUUAACCAAUUAUUUCGGACCGACUUUGAACGCAUCUUUGAAGACUUUCAAAAUCGGGGAGCCAUCUUGGAUUUUUUUUCCCUGCCUUAUGAUCCACUAUUACGCAUCCCAACCAUUCCUUAUGAAAGAUUUUACAUUAAAAUAACUGAAAUGGGAGAAAAAAAAAUGGGAUUAGCAUAUUUUUACGUGGACUUGAACAUCAAAUUACACUGUCUCUGUGAAUUUUUUUCUUUUUUUUGUAUUUUAUUUGCGUUUCAGGAGUCUAAGAAGUUACGGCAUGUUAAUAGUGGCUAACUCUAGACAUUAUAAUAUCAAAUAGAAAUGUGGUUAAUUGGAGAGUUGGUUUAAUGCUGCUACUCUCUCAUCCGAGUUUGAAGGUAAACUUUUGAACGGUUCGACAGCCUAAAAUAGCAUAUUGCUGGUUUAAAAGGGCUGCAUUUGUGGACAUUGUGACAAGUGGAGGGAUAUGAAAAUUUAGGGUUGUAUGUUUAAAAAAUAAAAAUAAAAAAAUGCUAAAAAACGUGAAGGUUUUCCACCCUGUUGCAGCCCCGCAGAAAUUACGAUGGAAUAAUAACCACCACAAUAAAUUCCAUUUGAAAGAAACGAAA